AGCAGAGUAGAAAGCGAUUUGUUCGUGAUUUUUCCUCUGAGAUUACAGACAGGACUCGCUCAUGGCCAGUGCUGCACCAACUGCUUCAUCCACAAAGGAAACAACAAACUAUGCCAGGUUGUGCCGUCUGCUGGUUGAUAUUGCAACCCAAGCUCUUCGAGAUACGUUUGAUGCCAUCCAUGCACCAGGAAAUUUACACUCAGUUUUGGCGGCAAAGAAGCCCACCUUACAAUCUCUUAAACAGAAGAAGGUUAUCAAUCACAUACAAUGGGGGAAACUUUACCCUGCCAUCCUUACCUCAGUGUCUUCUCGUGACUUUGACACAACUUUGCUGAUGGUUCUGUUACGGAACCUAUGCGGCUUAACUGCUCCGCUGACCGGCUGGGACGCAUUGCCUGCCGUAACAGACCUUAGCAAGGAAGCAGACAUUGCCCGAGUUAAGUAUUUUAGGAACACUGUGUACGGUCACGCUGAGAAAGCUUCUGUUGAUGACGUGAAGUUCAAUGACUACUGGCGUGACAUCAGGGACACUCUGGUCAGACUGGGAGGUUUUACUUAUGAAGCUGCCAUUGACAAUCUUAGAAACGAGUGCAUGGACCCUGAAGUUGAAGAUCACUUCAUGGAAUUACUGAGUCAAUGGAAAAAGGACGAGAACAACAUUAAAGAUCAGCUGGACGUAAUUACGAAAAAUCUUGAAGUCCUGAAGUCAAAAGAUGAAGAUCAAGCUCCUUUUGGAAAUCGAGUGGACAGAGAAAACCAUGGGAGCUUGAAUUCUAUUCUGGGGAUAUUGACUGGAUAUGCCGAUCUGCAUAGUGGCCAGCUCACAUUUAAAGGACGAGGAAUUUACUACAACUCCCACGCAAGGUUUCACUCUUUAAGAAAACCUUGGGUUUACGACGCCGAAGCCCGUGACAUAGAGAGUGGUAUCAGCUGUGAGGAACGUGGUUAUCAUGUCAGGUACGAUGCUGAGCAGAAUGCUGUGGAGAAACUCAAGGGAAUACUCAAGAGCGAAGGGCUCCUUUACGAGUCGUGAUUUGGCAUGCAUGUUUCUCUGCAAAGUGUAGAUCAAUUCGAAGCUUCAACAUCCCCCCAGCAACCCACUGGCAUUUGACCGUCGCCCGUGCCCAGGGUUGGGCAAUUUGAACCUUGCUUGGCUGGGGCGGGGAUUUUGAACCAGAAGUGUUAAGUCUUUCCAGCAAAACAAACCAGUCUUUAAAAGUUCAGAUACCGUGGGUUUGCCCGAGGGAGGACGUUGAAGCUUCGAUUUGAUCGACGCAUAAGGAAACGCAAAACGCAUGAACGACUUGGGGCCAAACUAGGCAAAAACUCGUAAGAAGCUUAAAGGAAAGACUUAAUAUAGACUUAGUACUAUUUACAUCUUAUUAAAUAAGGCUUAGCAUUAAUAUUUGCAAGGUUUUCAGUAGAUAU